CUCGGUCUUUCGCCCGUCGACGCCGGCACCAUGGUCAAUAUCCCCAAGACACGCCGCACCUACUGCAAGGGCAAGACCUGCAAGAAGCACACCCCCCACAAGGUCACUCAGUACAAGAAGGGCAAGGAUUCGUUGGCUGCGCAGGGCAAGCGGCGAUACGACCGUAAGCAAUCCGGCUACGGUGGUCAGACCAAGCCCGUCUUCCACAAGAAGGCGAAGACGACUAAGAAGGUCGUGCUGCGAUUGGAGUGCACGGUGUGCAAGUACAAGAUGCAGCUGUCGCUGAAACGCUGCAAGCACUUCGAGCUUGGUGGCGAGAAAAAGACCAAGGGUGCCGCCCUCACUUUCUAAACGCUCUUACUUGCAUAUCCCGUAUCCGUGUCGCUACCACUUUCGCUUCCGCAUGCCGUGUUCCAUAUGCAUAUGCCACAAUGACAUGCUCUCUCCUGGCAUUCGAGAUCAACGAACUAUUCUGAGUGGUGCCGAAGCUAGUGGUGUGCAGUGGUGUGCAGCGAUGGAUGUGACUUUGAGUACUGUAACGAUCUGAUGUGAUAGUGUGAAUAACACGCGUAAUGCGGCUUCUAGAUU